CAUUUUGUUCCGCCGGAGAAGCCCCUAAGAUGGCGGCGGGGGAGACGGUGAAGGUUGCCGCCCGCCCCUCCGGGCGUUAGCCCGCGCCCUCCGCGUCCCCCGGCGGCCGGCCCAUGGCCUGGCGGAAGCCCGCACCAUGGACCUCCGCACCGCCGUGUACAACGCCGCCCGCGACGGCAAGCUGCAGCUGCUUCAGAAGCUGCUCAGCGGCCGGAGCCGGGAGGAGCUGGACGAGCUGACGGGUGAGGUGGCCGGCGGGGGGACGCCGCUGCUCAUCGCCGCCCGCUACGGCCACCUGGACGUGGUCGAGUACCUGGUGGACCGGUGCGGCGCGAGCGUGGAGGCGGGCGGCUCGGUGCACUUCGACGGCGAGACCAUCGAGGGCGCGCCGCCGCUGUGGGCCGCCUCGGCCGCCGGCCACCUGGACGUGGUGCGCAGCCUGCUGCGCCGCGGGGCGUCGGUGAACCGCACGACGCGCACCAACUCGACGCCGCUGCGCGCCGCCUGCUUCGACGGGCACCUGGAGGUGGUGCGCUACCUGGUGGGCGAGCACCAGGCCGACCUGGAGGUGGCCAACCGGCACGGCCACACGUGCCUCAUGAUCUCCUGUUACAAGGGCCACCGCGAGAUCGCCCGCUACCUGCUGGAGCAGGGCGCCCAAGUGAACCGGCGCAGCGCCAAGGGCAACACGGCCCUGCACGACUGCGCCGAGUCCGGCAGCCUGGAGAUCCUGCAGCUGCUGCUCGGCUGCCACGCCCGCAUGGAGCGCGACGGCUACGGCAUGACCCCGCUGCUGGCGGCCAGCGUCACGGGCCACACCAACAUCGUGGAGUACCUCAUCCAGGAGCAGCCUGCCGGGGAGGGGGGCCCCUCCGCCGGCCCGGGAUGUGUGCCGCCCCCGGGGCCCCGCGGCCGCAGCUCCUCCCCGGAGGACGCGCUCGGUGACGCGUACGAGAGCUGCUGCCCCACGAGCCGGGAGGCCGCCGUGGAAGCCCUCGAGUUGCUGGGAGCCACCUACGUGGAUAAGAAGCGGGACCUGCUCGGGGCCCUGAAACACUGGAGACGGGCCAUGGAGCUGCGUCACCAGGGCGGCGCCUAUCUGCCCAAACCGGAGCCCCCGCAGCUGGUCCUGGCCUAUGACUAUUCCAGGGAGGUGACCACCGCCGAGGAGCUGGAAGCGCUCAUAACCGACCCGGAUGAGAUGCGCACGCAGGCCCUGUUGGUCCGGGAGCGCAUCCUGGGGCCGGCCCACCCGGACACGUCCUACUACAUCCGCUACCGGGGGGCGGUAUACGCCGACUCGGGCAACUUCGAGCGCUGCAUCCGCCUGUGGAAGUACGCCCUGGACAUGCAGCAGAACAACCUGGAGCCCCUGAGCCCCAUGACCGCCAGCAGCUUCCUCUCCUUCGCCGAACUCUUCUCGUACGUGCUCCAGGACCGGGCGGCCAAGGGCAGCCCGGGCGCGCAGAUCGGCUUCGCGGACCUCAUGGGCGUGCUCUGCAAAGGGGUGCGGGAGGUGGAGCGGGCCCUGCAGCUGCCCAAGGAGCCCGGGGACUCGGCCCAGUUCACCAAGGCCUUGGCCAUCAUCCUCCACCUGCUGUAUCUGCUGGAGAAGGUGGAGUGCACGCCGGACCAGGAGCACCUCAAGCACCAGACCGUGUACCGGCUGCUGAAGUGCGCCCCCCGGGGCAGGAACGGCUUCACCCCUCUGCACAUGGCCGUGGACAAGGACACCACCAACGUCGGCCGCUACCCGGUGGGCCGGUUCCCCUCUCCCCAGGUGGUCAAGGUGCUGCUUGACUGCGGGGCGGACCCAGACAGCCGGGACUUUGACAACAACACCCCGCUGCACAUAGCGGCCCAGAACAACUGCCCCGGGAUCAUGAACGCCCUGAUCGAAGCGGGCGCCCACAUGGAUGCCACCAAUGCCUUCAAGAAGACCGCCUACGAGCUGCUGGACGAGAAGCUGCUGGCCAAGAGCACCAUUCAGCCCUUCAACUAUGUGACCCUGCAGUGCCUUGCGGCCCGCGCCCUGGACAAAAACAAGAUCCCCUACAAGGGCUUCAUCCCCGAGGAGCUGGAGGCUUUCAUCGAGCUGCACUGACGGGGGUCCUGAGAGCCGAGAAGCCGGAAGAGUGGGGCCCACGCUCGUCUCCCCGCCUCCCGCCUCCCGCCUCCCCCCUCCCCCGAGCCCUUGGGCAGCGGGAAACAGACGGGCCCUCCAGUCUCCAGAGCCCCCGUCCCCUCCGCUCUGCGGAGAGGGGAAAGGAAUCAGCAAGUCGUUGGUGCUCGAAGCCUUCCGCACCAGGCGCUCGAGGAACUGGCCCUCUCCGGGAGCCCGCGAGCCUGUCUUUGAUCGGGGGAAGUUGCACGCGCGUCCGCGCAUCCCAUCCGCCCGGGUCUCGGAGGAGUUUUGCCUUCUUGCCUCGAGGCGGAGGGAUCGAAGCUUUUGCCUUCUUUUCCGAGAACCGGGAAGAAGCUGAGGAUCGGGUCCCUGCGUUUUCGCCCCCCUGCGGCCGAGUGCCGUGUGAGGACGGGGGCGGGGGGGCGGGGGGGGGGCGCUCCCAGGCGGCAGGUCGGAGAAGCGGGCCGACUCUCAGUUCUCCAGCACGCUUGCGCCCUGCUCCCUGCCCCCCUGCCGUCACCACGGGCCGUGGGCAGGGCUCCCUGCCCGGGCGGCCUGCCCCUCGCAUGGCUUUCGUUGGUGUGGUGUUGCGUUUCUUAGUGAGCGGGCAGGUUACAGGCGUGGCGCGGGAGGCCAGAAGUCGUGCUGCCGUAUUUUUUCUUUUCCUGGGAAUUUUUGGUCACACGGAAUGAGCUGAUGUCACACAGGGAGCUUUUUGCCGUGGCCGAGGCGGCGAGGCUGUCUACCAGGCGUGAGCUCGGUGGUGUGGAGGAUUUGGUGGCGGUCCCUAAAGCGAGGCGACUGUCCAUUUUCUAGAACUUCCCUGUUUGCCUUCUACUUGGGCCUCCCCCAACUUUCCACGCGAAUCACAAAGAGGGGCGUUUUCCAAGCAACGAUCGGGCCAGGCGCCGAAGGAGCUGGCGGGGCCGUCACUCCCCGGCCCGGCAAGGACCCGCACGGUCGGAGUGGGUCAGGGUCUCAGUUUCGGAGUCCCAGGAAGUGCAGUCGCCUCAGCCUCCCGGGCCCCGCGCGCAUGCGCAGUGUGGCUGUGCGCAGCCCCGCGGCUCUAGGCUUUUUUUUUUUUUUUUUUUUUUUUUUUAGCUGCUUGGAAGCCUGAACGCAGGUGUUCCUGAGCCAGGUCCCCACUCGCUGUUAACUGAGCUGGAGGAGGCGGCGAAUGUCCACAAGUUGCCAGUGAGGUGAUGAGAAAUCUCGGUUUCCCACCACUCAGGGCGCGCAUGCGCCAAGCGCAGCGGUGCCGCCCACGCCCCCGGCAGCCGCGGGCCGGUGGCGCUGGCGGUGGCAGGUGGCAGAGGACGAAGUGGCCUCCUGGGCUCAGGAGGCGGGGCCCCGCCUGGAGAGGGUGUCUCUCCCCCCAACCCCCCCCCCCCCAGGCUCCUCUCGCAGCUGCACGGAGGCCUCGAGAAGCCACAGCGGGCCCCUGGGCCCCGUUUGCAUUUGCAGUGUUAGUUAGGACGUUAUUUAUUGGCAAGGCCGGGUUUUACCUUCCGUCGAGGCGGGAAAGUGUCCCUGUCCCUUCAAAGCACGGAAUAAAGCAAUGAGGCAGUUUAAAUCGUG